AUGACCCUAAAGGAGAUCAAGGUUAGAUGGCAGAAGAAUUCUUCGUUCGACCCAUAUUUUGCUUUGGAUGGGGAUGAUGCCACGGACAUCAAAACUGAUUUGGAGCCAAGUAAGGAGACGCAGAUUCUCCAAAAAGACGGGCAUGGGAAACCGAGUAUGUUGAGGAAAUUGCUAAGUCCACCAACCUCAACGAUAACAGCCCCCACCCCCAGAGUAACGUCAGAAAAAGGGGAGUUGAGAGAGGCGGACACGUCAAAUCAAACAAGACGAACCAACAAAAGAAAGUUUGAAACUAUGGCUGGGCCAAUGGAAAGUCAAACUCAGAAUAAAGAGAACGAUUUUGUGGAAACAUUUAGACAUAAGAGACCUCAAAAGUACGCUGCGCUGGAGAGGAGGUGUAGAAGUUCUAACACCAAAAAUGAAAGACCCUUGCUGGGAGAAGAACUCUCUGCUCUCCAGCAGCUGAUAGACUGUAUGGUAAAAGAUCUGGCCCAGUCGGCCAUCUUAGUAAAUUACAUUACAGAUUAUAUUAAAAAAAACUGUAAAAAAAGAGUUGCAUUUAAAACUCUGUGACAUUACUUAAUAGUGACCGUUUUAAAUAGAUAGAUUGUAUAUAUAAGGAUAUAUUGACUUACUUAUAGAAGAAUUGCUCUUCACCACAUGUUGUAUUCUGUCUACUACUGUAUUAUGUUUAUAUGUAAUUAUGUAUGUUAUAUGUCAAUCUUAAAUUUUUGUAAAUUUUA